AUGACUCCGGUGUCUCGGUCCCGCCAUUCCGAGGACACCCCGGGCUCUCGGAGACGUCGACGCAGCUCCUCCGGGAGCCCAGGGUCUGCGCAGACCAGGCGCUCUCCUCGGGGUGGCAGUUCCCGUUCUCGCUCCCGCGGACGGGAGGGCCUCGGGCCUCCCUGGGUUGGGGUGAGCGUUGGCCCCUCUUACCCGCUUAGCCGCUCGGGGUCUUGGGAGCGGCCAGGUCUCCGCAGCUACAACUGCUCGUCCUCCUCUUCAGUCUACUAUGGCGGAUACCGCUACCACCGCCACCACCACUACGGGGGCGAUUGGCAGUGGGCGGAAGACUAUGAGAAGGAAAAGGAGGAGAGCUACCGGCAAAGGAGGCUGAAGGAGAGAGAGAGAAUUGGGGAGUUGGGUGCGCCUGAAGUGUGGGGGCUAUCACCGAAGUUUCCUGAGCCAGAUUCUGAUGAACAUACCCCAGUUGAAGAUGAGGUAAAGAAUCGAAAGAGCAGCAGUUCAGAUUCCAGCUCUGAAGAAAAAAGAAAAAGGAAGAUCAGUCGUUCAAAAAAGAAAAAAAGAAAGAAAAAGUCCUUCAAAAGAAAACAUAGGAAGUAUUCUGAUAAUAAUGACAGUAAUUCAGUCUCUGACACUGAUUCUAGCUCUGAUGAAGAUAAAAAGAGAGUCAAAAAAGCUAAGAAGAAAGACAAGAAGAAACGUAGAGCAAAAAAAUACAAGAAAAAGAAUAAGAAGACUAAAAAAGAAUCCAGUGACACAAGCUAUAAAACUUCCGAAGGGGAAUUUCCAGAAGGUAUCUGGAUGGAACAGUCAAAGACUGUAGAUAAGAUGGAUUUGAUAGGUCCAGAAGCACCUAUAAUACAUACCACUCAAGAUGAAAAACCCUUGAACUAUGGUCAUGCUCUGCUCCCAGGUGAAGGUGCAGCUAUGGCUGAGUAUGUAAAAGCUGGAAAGCGUAUCCCACGAAGAGGCGAAAUUGGGUUGACAAGUGAAGAGAUCGCCUCAUUUGAAUGCUCAGGUUAUGUCAUGAGUGGUAGCAGACAUCGCAGAAUGGAAGCUGUAAGACUGCGUAAAGAGAAUCAAAUUUACAGUGCUGAUGAAAAAAGAGCUCUUGCAUCCUUUAACCAAGAAGAGAGAAGAAAGAGAGAGAAUAAGAUUCUAGCUAGUUUCCGAGAGAUGGUGUACAGAAAGACAAAAGGGAAAGAUGACAAGUAA